AUGUCCACUAAGUUAGUGCUCACAGCCCGCGUCAUCGUCCGGUUGAAGACCUUUCGACGGCUCUUCGUCGACGACUUCCUCGUGCUGCUUGCAUGGGUGCUUUCCGUCAUCACAGGCAUUGUUUGGCGAGUAGAAUCACCAACACUCUACGAGCUGUAUGCACUCGGCGCCGGCACAGCGGCCUUUAUGCCGGACGUUAUACCACGGUUGAAUACGGUGAUGCGAUAUGAAGCCCCCUUCAUGUUUCUCUUUUACACCACCCUUUGGUGUGUCAAGUUUUCUUUUCUGGUGUUCUUCUACAAGCUGGGAUCGAAGAUCCACAACCAUCGUGUUUGGUGGUGGGUCGUCUCGGCGACUACCCUGGCGGUUUGGGUAGUCUCGGUGGGGGAUAUCGAUUACCAGUGUAGUUUGGGCGGCGUGGAAUUUAUUUUCGAACAAUGUAACAAGCCGUACCACAUUCGGUGGCAGAAUGGGACUUUCUGGGCCAACUGCGCGGGGGACGUCGUCACCGAUCUUCUCAUCCUUUCUAUUCCCAUUCUCAUUCUCUGGAAUGUCCGCAUCUCCUUGACCAAAAAGAUCAUUCUCCUCGGCAUCUUUGCCGCGACGAUCAUCGUCGUAGCCGUGGCGAUUAUCCGCGUGGUCACCAAUCACGCACUCAAUCACAAUAUGGAUAUGACCUGGCUGUGGAUGUGGAGUUUUAUUGAGAUGGGGACGGCGAUAAUGAUCUCCUGCGUCGCCUCCUUCCGCCAACUCUUCGUUAACUCGCAGAACCAGCACCUUUACGGCCAAGCAGUAUAUCACUCGCCGGCUAGUACUUUGCUUACUGCCUUGCGGCUGAGACAGACAGAGUCUCAGGAGGACAACAGAAGCGACGAAAUGGAAGUAUGA